AUGCUACUAUUUUUGCUUGUCUUUAUUCUGUUGUCGGACAGCGGUCUUCUGGAAGCCGAUGCUCACGAUCAGGUCACGCGUGCCCGACGAACGCCGGAUCUGAGACAACAAAGUGAAACGAGAGAACUUCCAUUAUCAGAGGAGACCGAGGACGAUUUGCCCUCCCCCGACGACCUCACUUUUAUCGGCGACAUGGCCUUUCAGAAAGCAAAACAUGGAACAUAUGGAGAUAUUCAACGAAGCAUGGUUGCCGAUGAAAACAGGCUUUGGCCGAACGCACGUGUGCCAUACUUUUUCCACUCAUCGCUGAGAAGCGCUGAGAAAGUCGCAGUCCGAGCCGCGAUGGCCGCCUUUCACGAGCAAACCUGCAUUCGCUUUGUUGAUUAUGAUCCAGAGAGACAUGAUAACUAUGUUGCAAUUAUUGGAAAGAACAAAGGCUGCAAUUCGAUGCUUGGCAUGCUUGGGGAGGGCUUGCAGAUAAUCAACCUUCAACCAGGAACUUUUUGCUCCGAGAGGGGGACGGUUAUCCACGAGCUCAUGCACACUCUCGGCUUCGUUCACGAACACCAACGAUAUGAUCGGGACGAGUAUGUUAAAGUGCUAGAGGAUAAUCUCAUUGAUGAGGAAGGAGUAAAGAACCAAUUUGAAAUAGUGAAGAGAGGCGAAACGAACGCAAUGGGCGUGGGCUACGACUACGGCUCGAUCAUGCACUAUGAAAAUGGCGCCGGAGGGAAACGUCGUGCAAACGGCAAAAGCAGGCCAACUUUCGAAAUUCUCAAGCCUUAUAGUGGAGAGAUCGGGCAGAGGGAUGGCUUCAGUUUUGCGGACGCACAAAAGCUGAACCUGCUCUACAAGUGCACGGAUUACGUGCCUCGACCAACGGCUCGUCCCAUCGCCCCCGUCGCGCCCACAGAGGGGGGUGCGGUCGGUUGUGCGAAUGGCUGUUGCUGUCGAUGCAAUUGUGCCGGUUUCCUCUGUCACUGCAAUUGUCCUUGCUUUUGCACACGUUUCUAUCCAAACGACCACUACCACUGCAACUGUAUGUGCAAUCAGUUGACCUACAUGCCUAACAACUACGAUCAAAGCAUCGUUCCCCAUCUGAAGAUAAACUACAACAGA